AUGGGGACCGUUUGUAACGGGGCCGAAUGCACGUACACAAACGAGUGGAACGAAUGGGGCCGCUGGCUUUUGUUGGGGUUGGUUGCACUGUUCAUUGUUGCAUUUUUGUUUUUGGCCCUGUGGGCGAUGUCAUUCCACAGAGUCAAGAGAUCGGAACCGCCGAUCCAGGGCACCGCCUGGAUGUUUCGCAACCCGUAUCGCAACCAGGAACCGCUAUACCCAAAGAUUCCGCUACGCGACGCCUACCGGCCGAAUGAUCCGUUCAUUUUUACCAAGACACCGUCCAUGAUGAGCAGUCCCGAGCGGCCAUCCCCGCUAAGUUCGCGGAGCUCCCGCAGCAAACUCAGCAGCCGGUCAGAUAUCGAGUACAACGACUCGCUACCGUCGGAGCUACUGAGGAACCCGACUGGCAUACUUGAGGAAGAGGACGUUUGGGAAAAUGAUCUGCCUCUGCCCAAAACCCGUUAUCAUUAG